UUACGCAGUCGUUAUAUUAGUUUGUAUAUGGUUGUGACGUGUGAAGAGCAGAUAGCCUCUUUGGCCUUGAUGUGAACACUUUUCUGAGUAAAUAAUUUCGAAUUUCUUGAGGCCGUUGCAACGAACGAAAUACCUCAAUCAGAUUGGAUAUCAAAUUAUGACAAACAAUUGAUACUCAAGUCUUUUUACGAGACUGAAAAGCUGUUGAGUGCUCGUUUAAAAUUGCUAUCACAGAUGCCAUACAUUCUGGUUAGGGGUAACCUUGCUUCGUAUAGUCACAGGUAUCCCUGGAGAGUCCUUGUCUCGGGUCUUAAAGCUGCUGACAUAGAACAAUUAACUCGGUUUGCUUCUGGAGGGUACUGUGACGACUCCACUAUCGUUUACCUGCAACAUCCCUGCGUAAUUUUAACUGCAUUAGAAGUACUUGGUUACAAAGUUGUCGCAUCCUCUAGUACCAGUGUCAAACAGGACUACAAUGAGUACAUGUGGACUAUGAGAAAGGAUUUUGCCGAGCCUGAACCUGAGCCACCAAUUAAAACUGAAUGUACAAGUUUCAGGGAAACCAAUAUGGCACAUCAUAGCAAAGAUCAUUCUUGCUCAGCUGAGGGGGCAUCGUCAGUUAGACAAACAUUAGAAGAAAUGGAUUUUGAGCGUGGGAUCUGGUAUGCAGCACAACAAAAUGAUCUAGAUCGUGUCGAACAACUACUGAAGAAAGGAAUUCUCAUUGACAAAGAGGAUUUGGCUGGUUACACAGCUCUGCAUUACGCCGCUCGCAAUGGUCAUCUUUCGGUGUGUAAAAUGCUAUUGGAAAAUGGCGCGUUCGUCGAUGCUAAAACCCGAUCAGGAAAAGCGACUGCCCUUCACAGAGCAGCAACCCAAGGGCACGUUGAAGUCGUUGAAUACCUUCUGAAAUCUAAAGCAGAUCCAAAUAUCAAAGACGCGGAUGGUUACACGGCUCUACAUAGAGCAAUUAUAGCAGAUUCGAUCAGUGUUUGUCGAAUUUUGGUUCCUCUAAUAGAUCUCAAAAUCACUGAUAACGCAGGCCGAACACCUUUACAGCUCGCUGCGGACAAGGGAAACGAGAAGCUCGUCCGUUUGAUGGAAGCAAUUCGAUAAUAUACAUCUGGCAAAAUAGUGAAAUUUCUAAUAUUUUAAAUUACAAUUUCAGGCAGAUGUUGGAGAUGUUUUGAAGAUGAGAUUGGGACUGUAUAUUGUUUUCAGAAGAGUGCUUAUGUAGUUUGAAUUUUGAUAUGAUGUUUUGAUAGUUUACUUCAUAUGAACAUGAUUUACGUAAAAUCUAAAACAUCCUUUGUAGCCAGAAGAAUGUCAUUUAAUUUAUUAUUAUUCUCUAUACCGUUAUUAUGUAGUGCAUUUUUUAUGUUACACACUUGUUGAAUUUAUUAAAUUAUCAUUACAGACGGUCAUAUAAUUAUAAUCAAUCGAGUAUUACGUAAUGUGUAUAAGAGAGAAAGAGAGAGAGAUUCAUUUUCGGCAACUUAUGAAUUCUGCAGAGGGUUUGACAAUAAGCAAUUAAUACUAGGUUAUAAUAACUGCACAGGUAAUAAUAAUAACAAUAAUGAUUCUGACGCAAUUCAAAGACGUAGCUGGAAUAAAAUCUAGUUAGUAUCACUUAUCAUGACUGUACGUGCAAAUCAGUUUUCAUUUAACAGAAGGUUUCAAAAGGAAAUUCCAUAAGUAUAUGAUAUUUGAUUCGAUAGAAAAACACACAAUCUAUGUAUUAAUGCAUAAAUU